AUGCCUUCGCGCCCGAUUGACAGAAGCUAUAGAAGCGCCAUUAACAUCCUCCACAGCCGACGACGCCCGGAGAGACCCAGUGUAAGACCGGGAAGCAACCCACCGGGUCUAAGCCGUAUUCCCGAUGCGCAAGGAAAACCUGACCUGAAGGGUACUCCAAGUAUAGUUGGAAUGAAACAAUGGCUGCAUCAGAUUGGUCACUCGACUACGGAGAUUGAUAACCUAAACAUCGUCCAUGUCGCAGGAACUAAGGGCAAAGGCAGUACAUGUGCAUUCAUCGAGUCCUUCCUUAGGACUUUCGGGGAAAGGACUGGCUUCCCACGAAAAACGGGUCUAUAUACUUCGCCACAUCUCAUCUACCCUGAAGAGAGGAUUCGCAUCAAUUUUCAACCCAUUGCCAGAGACCUUUUCGCGAGAUAUUUCUUCGAAGUGUGGGAUGUCUUAUCACAAGAUGAUGACAGUCUACGGCCUUUGCCUCGUUAUCUUCAGCUCAUCGCCCUAGUAUCUUUCCAUGCGUUUAUCAGAGAAGGAGUAGAAGCGGCUAUAUUCGAGACCCAUCAUGGAGGGGAAUACGAUGCUACCAAUGUGAUAGAGCAUCCUGUUGCGACUGUUGUCACUACACUUGGGAUGGAUCACGUCAAGCAGUUAGGUCCCACCAUCGAAAACAUUGCUUGGCAUAAAGCGGGAAUUUUCAAGCACGGAGCUCAUGCACUUUCAUCUCCUCAAGAGGCCUCCGCUGCCGAAGUUCUUCUCAGGCGUGCAUCUGAGAAAGGUAUCAAUCUCCAAUUCGUCGAGAACGAUCCCUCUCUCCCAGCAGAUGCACUGCAGUUAAAGCCGGACGUCCAGCGCACGAACUGUUCCGUUGCGCUUGCUGCAGUUCGCCGUUUUCUUGAAGAAAGAGCCCCUAAAGGUGCUGCAGAAAUAGCGUCCUCGGAUGUCUUACAGGGCAUAAAUCAAUUCUCUUGGCCGGGACGCUUUCAACUCCUUGUUCAAGGAACAUUCAGCUGGUUCCUGGAUGGUGCACACAAUGAAAUGAGCGUUAGCAAGGCCGCAGAAUGGUUCAUUGAGAGCUCACAGGGCGAGAGGGAAUCUCUCGUACGGAUCUUGAUUUUCAGUCAAGUUUCAGAGCAGAGGGAUGCCAAAAUCGUACUAGAACGACUUGCCACUACCCUCAGCACUAUUCACAUCCAUCAUGUCAUUUUUACUCUGUACGAUCCAGAGCAAGACUUCGAUUCUACGACAGCUGUGGUUUCAAAGUCAGAAGACACGUUGCACAAAGCGUUUGGUGAGAUAUGGAAGAGGUUCCACCAGAAUUCCGAAAUUCUCUACGAACCAAAUAUACAGAAAGCCUUGGAUUCUGCUAGGAAAAUAGGAACGGAAGCUAGAGGCAUGCAGACACUUAUCACUGGAAGUCAACAUCUAGUUGGUGCCGCACUUCAUUCAUUAGACAGCUAUGCGUCUGAUAAGGGAUCCGUCUAG